AGAAGGAAGCGGUCGUUACAAACUGAAAACAACAGUGCAAUGUUUGGACUCUUCGGGAAAAACAAACCCGUUAAAAUAAGGAGUCGUAAUGAAAAUAAAAAGUACGGAGUUGCAGCAAAAGAUGUGAAAGAGUUGCUUAAAAAAGGCUGCACGUUAUUACAGUUGCCAUCUCCUGGUGCACAUGUCUGUUUGUAUUCUGAUGGGACAACCGUGACGGAGGAAUUCUUCCAAACUCUGCCGGACCACACCGAACUUGUUCUCCUCUGCAGAGAUCAGACGUGGAGCGGAGUUGUGUGUGACAUUGGUCAGUUACUGAAGACAGACCGAUAUGCCGAUGGCCUCAUUGAAGCAGCAAAAGGGCUCCUGUCUGAUGAGAAGUCUCCUCAAAGACGUAAAAUCCUGACCGACCUGCUGCUCAACCUGGAGGACAGAUCUGAGCUGGAGAGCAGGGAGGAGCAUGAAGAAUGGUUCAAAGGUGUUGAUGCUCGAUUCAAGACGAAGUCGGCCUACAUGAAGUUCAACUGUGAGGGCAGGAUGCGAGGCUACAUGAAGGAGGUGCAUGGGGCCACCAAAACAAUACAGAAGGCUAAAGUCAGGGAAGAGUUUCUGAAAACGUCAAAAAGUCUGUCCGAAAUGUUGAAGACGGCAAAGAACAACGGCUGCUACUUCGACAGGACCGAGAAGGAGCGGCUCUGUACUCGAGAAGGGUGGUUCACCUGCCAGGGAUCAUAUGAGCAGAAAGUGUGCCAGUCUCUCCACUCCAUCAACCCGUACGGCAGCAGAGAGAGCAGGAUAGUGUUCAGCACAUGGAACCUGGACCACAGGAUUGAAAAGAAGAGGACGAUCAUUCCCGCCCUGCUGGAAGCUCUUCAGAAUCACAAGAGCUCCGACAUCAACCUGAACUACUUCUACGGCCUGCUGUUCACAUGGGAGAACCUGAAGCUGGUGCACAUCGUGUGCCACAAGAAAGGAGCGCACAACCUGCUAUGUGACGCCAAGAAGAUCUUUAGAAAAGCCAGUGACACGAACAAAGCAAAACAGAAUGUGAAAGGGAAGAAGAGGCGCUUGGUGUGAACAUUUUUACUCUUAUCUUUUAAGCGUUUUCAUUUUUUAUGAACUGUGAGGGUAUAAAAGUAUCACACUGAUAAGACUGGCAGUCAUUUGUCAGACAAAAGAAUUACACGCUUAUUUUGAAAUCAUGAAAAACAUUUAUUAUGUUCUCUGUGUUGGCACUGUGAUGUAAAAUGCAUGGAUUAUCACUCAGGCAGUAAGUGGCAUAAUAGUGAGGAGUGCAAGUACUGGCACCCUCAAAAACUAGAUUACAUUUUUAAAGUCAGGUUUAACGUAUCCUCUGUUUAAACGGACUAAAAACAUUUCUGAUAAAACUCUGUUUUUUUACAAUGCAUUUUUGUGUAGAAUUCUGUCAUGUUUGCAAAUGUGAUCCUCCUCAGGGAAAAUAUUUAGCUGCAUUGAUAUUUGUUAUUUUACAGAUGUGUUGUAUGAAGCAGCUGCCAAAAAGCCCAAACUGGGCACACAUAGAUGAUGACUUUAGACACUUGGUGAACAAUGACAUUCAUUCUAAACCAUGACUCUGUGAUAUUAAAAGCUUUCGCUGUGAAACAGCU